AUGUCGCUGCUCGCAAGCCAUUUGGAGCAAAUUGGUUCAUCCGCUACGUCUAUCGCCGACCUUGAAUUCCCUCCACCGAAGAUCUUCACAAACGCAUUGCUCGGCAGUCAUGAGAUCACGACACUGAUACGAGAUACUGAGACCCACGAACGAGCACUGUUCUCACUCGACCCUAACGCGACGAAUGGUUCGCGGAGAUCUGGCGUACACAACGACAAUGGCUUGCACACGGAGAGGACUUCUGGGCCACGGAAGAGCAUCUAUGCUCAAGGUCCGCCUGCGCAACCUCGCUCCGUAGUCGCUCGAGUCCUGGGCCAAGAUCUUCUCUAUGACAUCCGCCAGAGCAGUGGCAGUGCGGCAAGAGGCAAAGGCGCUGUCAAUGUGGAAGUUCUCCUGCUAGGGGCCGAAAAGCUUUGCGAAGUCUACCAUGUGGAAGGCGCGGUCGAGAGGAUUGCUCUGAUUCGGCAGAGGAACAGCAACCUGUCCUCGUCCAUCGCCGAAUACCAGCAGCUCGUGCAACAGCAGCAAUCGAAUUUGAAUAGAUUGAAUACUGGCUCAAGUUUCGGCAUUCCUGAUGAGGACGACCACGCGCAGGAGUCAAAUUCAGCGUACACCAAGCGAGCUUUUGCUGCUGAAGUUGACAUAGAAGCCGAAGAAGCGGAGAUUCGAGAGCUCGAGGCUCGUAAGAAGGCGCUUGAGGAGCGCGUAGCUGGAAUGGGCAGUGAUCUAGCUGGUCUGUUGCGCUGA